UUUGCUCUUCGCAACUUGCAUGCAUUUGCAUUUUUUCCUCCUCGUUCGCCCAACAAAUCAAACUGUCAAACAACAGUGUACCAAUAUCCGAAAUUAUUGUGUAUUUUUACACCUCCGAUUUUGUUCGAUAAAUCAACAGCACAUACGUUUGCUUGCUAGAGUGUAAGACGGGUGUAAAAAAUGUAUCUGUAACUAUUCGGAGCAGCUGGGUGUGAUAAAAUUUAACUGUUUACAUUCUGCUACGGUCACAGCUCCAACCAAACAACCAUCAUGGAUAAAAUGGAGGAGAUCAAGUACAAAGUACUUGAUUUGAUUAACAAAAAGAAGGAUGUAAAGAUUCCCAAGAUGGGGUUCACCGAUUAUUACGUCCAGCAUCAGCAACAGACUCCCAAACCGAGCAAACACUCCUCGGUUCCCGGAUCGUCUCGGAGCGCGGCUGGUGGUGGUUCAUCAUCCGGACGCAAUUCUGCUGCUUCCUCGUCCCUGUUCGAUUACUUUCCAUUCGAUGAGGACGAUGAUGAUGAAGAAUUCCUAGCAAAACGAGGUCAAGACGAAACAGACGGCAAUUGUCACCGGCUCUCGGAUCAGGAAGUUCUCGAAUCAACCGAAGCUAUCUACUUCGAUGCCGGAAGUAACACCGGCCUGCAUGAGCUGACGAAACUCUCCGAAACGGACCAGCUUUUAAACUGCUCCUGCAUCGAACAAGUCAUGACAACCCUGCGGCAACAGCAUAAGGUAAUCUCGAAAAAAGUGCUGCAACUGAUCCUGGAACAGCGACCAGCCUGUCAGCAGGAAUUCCUAAGGAUUCAGGAAACCGAAAACCUACUGAGACAAACGCUCACAGCCUGUCGUACUACCCGCACCCAUCUGGACGGUUCCAAGCAGUUGCUCACGGCUACCAACCUUCAAAUUCUAGCCGCCUACAAAAAGCGCCAAACGCUGAUACAGCUGCUGAAAAUCCUCACCACACUGAAAAGCAUGCGCUCGAUCGAUCAACGCCUGCAAAAACGUCUGACAGAGGCAGACUACGGCGGGGCCAUAGCAAUCCUUCUAGAAAACAAAAACCUUUCCGAGCGCUUUCAACAGUUCCACUGCGUUGAAUCGCUUUCCACCAAACUGCAGGACACCCUCAUCAUGAGCGAAGUUCAGCUGGAAGCUGUCCUCAACGAAGUUCCCAAUGGCUUCGACGCCAAACGCUACGCAAAACUCCAGGAAGCGUAUAAACUGCUUGAAAAACAACUGAUCGCGAUGGACCAGCUGCAUAUGAAUUUCAUCUCCUCGAUCCAUACGGCGGCUUUUACGGUGUUAAAGCAACAUUCGGAAACCAUCAUGCUGCUGGACGACGGAAACAGCAAACAGCAGAAGCUGACCUUCGAGCAGAUGUGCGAGAACGUGCCGAGCGAGAAAUACAUCCACUGCAUGACCGACCUGUGUCGAGCGUUUUGGAAGAUUUUGGUCUCGUACUAUCAGGUUCGCUGCUGGCAUCAGAACCAAAAACUGUACGAAAAGGGCCAGCAAGCACAACAACAACAACGGAAAGAGUCGACUACGAGUACUACAACGACAGUUCCAACCACGGCUAGCGACAGCAAAGAGCAGGGUGCCACCUUCCACGAGGAGUACAUCCAACAGAAGCUGGACAUGGGCCAGUUCCGGCUGUGGAACGACAUACAAGCGAAAAUUGGUAUUUUCAUCAGCUCGACGCGGUUAAGUUCGCUGAAGUACGAGUACUUUAUACAGAUUUUGGCGAUCGUGCAGCGGUUGAAGAAGGUAGGGAUUGAGUUUUGUGACGAUCCAUCGGAGAAGCUGAUGGAGCAUAUGCAGCGACAGAGUGCGGACUUUUUCCGCCGGUAUCACGGGAGUUGCCUGGAGGAGAUUGGACUGUUUUUCGACCACGAAGUGUGGGUUCCGAUUGGGAGUUUUACCGACGUUAGUCAGCUGCAAGAGUACAAAAACUUUAAGCAUGCGUUGGUCAAAGGGCAGAAUGGAAUUGUGAAAGGUGCAACUAGUAAGGAGCAGAAGCAACUGGAUGCUUUGGGAAUGGCUGCAUCGGGUGGGUCACGGGCACAGGUGACCAGUUGUUCUUCGGUUCAUUCUCAGGACGAGAGUUCGCUGUAUGGGUCGUGUGGGUAUUUUCUUCGGUUUACGGAGAAGAGUUCCCCGUUCGAUGGAGGGUUUGAUUGUACAAUGUUGGAAGAGGACAUUUUGGCGGGUAUUGCAGACGAAUCUUCGUAUUAUUAUUCGGAAGAUAGUAGUGACAACAAUGAAAACUAUUUUCCUGGGCAGAGCCCGGAAAAGAAAAAGCCUUCGAGAGAGCAUGAGAAACCCAGUGCGCCCGUUCAAUCUUCUAUGCCACCAACCAAUGGCCUUACCGUGACCAACACAUCGCUGACUGUCCUGCGCUGUAUUGGACGAUAUUUGUACUUUUGUAAACUGCUACAUUCCAUAGCGCCACACAUUGUGCGUUCCAUGACGGAGCUGAUCGAUUUUUAUCUGUACGCGGUUCACGAGAUCUUCUCGCGCGAUCUUCCAGUGCCAAGAGACAAUUUGUACACGCCGUUGCUGCGAAAGACCCUGGACAAGAUUCAGUCCAACUUGAUCAGCAAACUGCGCAAGUGGCCUCUGUCUGACGAGAUGAUUGCCGACGAUCUGGCCAAUCCAGAUCUAGCCUAUGGGUUGCAGAAGCGGAUAAUUGCCACGGAAAGUUGUGUUGGACUGAUCGCUCAAUUCCGGCUGAUGGAGGAGUAUCUGAACGGGUUGCUCCAGCCGGAUCCGGUGGCUCAGGCGGAGUUACGUAGCUACUUGAACGAGAUCGGCGAGUGUGCGACACAUGUUAGGAAACCACUUUACAUGUGCGUCACGGCACGGAUCGUUGAUUUGCAGAUUGUGCUCCACGGCAUGGGCAAGGUUAAGUGGGACAUCAACCAUAUUAAUGCGCAGCACAGUUCCUACGUGGACACAAUCAAUAGGGGCGUUCAACACUUUGCUAUGCGAUUGGAGGAAAUCACAAAGCAACAGAUGACGCCAAGCAUUCCGAAAGAAACACUGUGGGACUGUUUUGCCCAUGUCAUUACACAUCUUUUGGUUGAAGGAUUCUCCAACGCUAAAAAGUGCACCCCUGCUGGUCGAGCGCUGAUGCAGCUAGACUUUACUCACUUCAUCUCGAUCCUGGAGAUGAUCUCGGGUGGGCGCUAUCCAGAACAUCGGGGCUACGUCGAGCAGUACAUUAAGGCGUUCUAUCUGCCGCGGGAUCUGCUGGAGCAGUGGCUUCCAGAGGGUUUCAACGUGCACGGUUAUUCCGUGAAACACCUUACCGGGCUGGUGCAGUGCGCCUGUAGCAGUGACAAAAAGCUCCGGCAACGGCUGCUGGCCAUGCUGGAGAAUGGCAGUAUUAUUGCUAGUGCUGGCGACAGUUAUGUGGCCACUGCGGACGGUUGCAAUAACGAUCGAAGCGCUGCUCCAACACCGAGCGAUCUGAACAAAGAAUCUUCAUCUGCGUAAGUUUUGUUUUUAUAUUCUUAGUUUUUUGUUCGUUGGGGUUUUUAUAGGUAGUUUUGUCAGUGAUAAACCGAUCGACUUUUGGAGAUGUAUCUGGGCCGAUUGAGUGAAGUACGAACGUUUAAUGUCAAAAAUGGGAGGUUACCAAAAAGUUAACUAGAUCCCUUACCUUAGAUACGCUUAUGGGUUAAGCCUUAAGAUCUAGGGCUGCUGGGGUCCAGUCGUAUCGUCGUCUAGUGUUCUGAUAAUUGUAUGUUUUUAAUAUCUUGGUACGUGAGAGAGCAGGGCUCUGUUUGGUUUAUCGGGAACACGCCAAAAAGAUAAUAGAUCCAAUUGUGUUUAAAAAAUUUUGUCAGAUAUUCAAGAACCUAUCUUUUUUUGGAAAACUUAUGAUUAAAAAGAAGCAGUAAACGAUGGCUAAAAUAAAUACCCAGAAUCUUGUUAAAUUUAUUCUUGUUCAAGAAUUCUAUAGCUUUCAAAGGAUCUCCUAGUAAUAUCUUACCCAGUUCCCACGUUUCUACCUCUCAAAAUAUCUGGAAAUACUCGGAACAUUUCUGGGAAUUUCAUGAUUACGGCCACCUGCAUUUUGUUUGUCUAGUUCCCCACUCCAACAAUCCGUCACCGCAAAUCAUUCGUCAAAACCCGACUAUCGAAAAAGACAUCUAUGGUUAAUUCACGUCCUAAGGUUCAAUUUGGCCUUGCGAGAAUUUGAACUCUAAGCUAAGUGACUUGGCUUCCCCAGUACUCGGCCCACAGGUGGAAGUCCCUAGAAACAACCAUGAAACUCCAGUCCGUUAGUUCUUCCAUGAUCUUAUCUACCAUUGUGCCAAACUUUUUGAAGUUCCAUUUUGGUGGAGACAUAUUAUCCGAAACGAUUUGGUGCUAUUUGCUCAAUGUCUCUCGCAGCACGGUCCUAAAAAAUGAUUUUUUGCCGAAAAAUUUUCAAGUUUAAAAUUUUGCAAGAUUCAAAAAAUUCAAGGUUUUUCGCGUGCCCCCCGACCGAAAAAAAUUGAAAAAGAGGAUUUUUUGCCGAAAAAUUUUCAAGUUUAAAAUUUUGCAAGAUUAAAAAAAUUCAAGGUUUUUCGCGCGCCCCCCGAUCGGAAAAAAACGAAAAAAAAGAUUUUUUGCCGAAAAAUUUUCGACUUUAAAAUUUUGCAAGAUUAAAAAAAUUCAAGGUUUUUCGCGCGCUCCCCGACCGGAAAAAAUCGGAAAAAAUGUUUUUUUGCUGAAAAAUUUUCAAGUUUAAAAUUUUGCAAGAUUCAAAAAAUUCAAGGUUUUUCACGCGCCCCCGACCGGAAAAAAUCGAAAAAAAAUGAUUUUUUGCCGAAAAAUUUUCGACUUUAAAAUUUUGCAAGAUUCAAAAAAUUCAAUGUUUUUUGCGCGCGCCCCGACCGGAAAAAAUCGAAAAAAAUGAUUUUUUGCCGAAAAAUUUUCGACUUUAAAAUUUUGCAAGAUUCAAAAAAUUCAAGGUUUUUCGCGCGCCCCCCGACCGAAAAAAAAUGGAAAAAAAUGAUUUUUUGCCGAAAAAUUUUCAAGUUUAAAAUUUUGCAAGAUUAAAAAAAUUCAAGGUUUUUCGCGCGCCCCCCGACCGGAAAAAAUCGAAAAAAAUGAUUUUUUGCCGAAAAAUUUUCAAGUAUAAAAUUUUGCAAGAUUUAAAAAAUUCAAGGUUUUUCGCGCGCCCCCCGACCGGAAAAAAUCGAAAAAAAUGAUUUUUUGCCGAAAAAUUUUCAAGUUAAAAAUUUUGCAAGAUUUAAAAAAUUCAAGGUUUUUCGCGCGCCCCCCGACCGGAAAAAAUCGAAAAAAAGAUUUUUUGCCGAAAAAUUUUCAAGUUUAAAAUUUUGCAAGAUUCAAAAAAUUCAAGGUUUUUCGCGCGCCCCCCCGACCGAAAAAAAUCGAAAAACAUAUUUUUUUGCCGAAAAAUUUUCAAGUUUAAAAUUUUGCAAGAUUCAAAAAAAUUCAAGGUUUUUCGAUUCGACCCGUAGGUUGUCAUUUUCUGAUUGUGAGCAUCUACCUCAGCCUUUUCGCCGAGAACCUCAGCCGCCCUAGCCUUGUGGGUGUUGAGUAGCCGUCCAAAUCCAGGAUCAUCACAAAACAGAUUAAUUGAAGAUUAUUAUAUGCAGAGCUACUGCAGCUACCUUGUCAUCAUGUGUAGUCGGAAAGCGCUUCUUGACAGUCAAGAAACGACGAAAAAAAACUUACUUCCCUGAAGUAAAUAUCUAGGGCGAUCAAUACUUUAGCAUCUCCUCAUGGUGACAUCCAUGAAACCGAGGAAUAUCGGGAGCAAAGUCCUAAACCCGAUGUUAGACCUUAUAAAUUGUCCUUCAAAAUUAUCCCAAAAGCGCCUCAAAAAGCGUGCUGGCCAGAAACCAUUGCCGUACCCUAUAAAGAAUAUUUUUCCCGAAUGGUGGGCUAGAAAAGUUGAUUGAAGCUUCCUGAACCUGUACUUAAGUUUUUCGUUUGCCGGAUCACAUAGAUACGCCUAGAGACGCAAAGCCUUUAUCGAAACUGAUAGGGCUUCAAGCCCACACACUACCAAAAAAAUCUGUAAAAUUACAUCACAUAUGAUGUAAAUAAAAAGAAGCAUCAUAUAUGACGGAGUAUUCAGUGCCAGUUGGAAAUUACACGCCAGUAAAAUUUUGCAACGUGUAAAAUAAAAAAUGAGGUAAAAUUUAGAAACGUGUAAAAUAAAAAUGAUGUAAAUUAUAAAAUCACUGAAUAUUGGAAGAAAAACUUUCCAAUUGGAUUUUUGUUUUGUUUUAUUUAUCGUUAAUAUGAUUCAAUACUGGAAUUUUCUCGUCUCUUAGUAAAAAUAGAAAUCCUUCUAUAAUUAAUAUAAUUCAUUUUAUUAGAAGACAACAUUUUUUUAUUUCACACAUAACUUUUAUUACUUUUAUUUUCUUCCCCGACGUACCGGAUCCAAAGUUGAGCAACGUGAAUCCGCUUCCUGAACCGCAUCCCUGCUUCUCGAAGAUCUCCGGGAACCAUCAAAACCGAUUAACUUUCUCGCGCGCGGGGAAAAUACUUUGGCGCACGACUUGACUUAACAGUUUUUCUCACAUUUGUCUGGUCCUGUUCUUCACAGUUUAUAAUUUUACAUGACAUUAUCACAUUCAGUGUAUUGUAAUAUUUCAUGUCGUGUAAUUUUAAGAAAUUUCCAAUUCAGUGUUGUUGAUUAUUCUGUGUGACCAAAAAAAAGUUGUAAAAUUACAUCACAUAUGAUGGAACAAAAAAGAAGCAUCACGUAUGAUGGAAUUUUCAGUGCGAGUUGAAUAUGACACGUCUAUAAACUUCAACAGACGUUUAAAAUUUGAAAGACAUGUAAAAUAUUGAGACGUGUAAUAUUUAAUUCGCACUGAAAAUUCCGUCGUAUGUGAUGCUUUUUUUUAUUUACAUCAUAUGUGAUGUAAAUUUACAUCAAAUAAUCGCGUUCCGUGUCAAGUAAUAUUUGUGUCAUACAAAUUCAGUGCUGUUAAGGAUUCAACUUUUUUUAAUUUGUAAAUUUACAUCAAUAAAUCGCGUUCCACGUCAUGUAAUGAUACAGGUUUUCAAUUUCAGUGUUGUUAAGGAUUCAGAUUUUUUUUCUGUGCAGGACUUUCUGCAACAACAGAGAGAUCCCUUGAAAACAGAAUUAAUGCAAGAAUUGCGUAAACUACUUUCAUAUAGAGGCCGUUUAUCAUAAUCUGCUAGCAAACAGAGUUAGCUUAACGAUAACAACUCCCUUUUCUUGUAAGAAUUUGCAACAAAAGCUAUUCACUUAGAAUUUACGUCAAAUUCUCGAGAAAGUAUUCUCUUGGAAUCGAUGAGAUGUUACAAAAGCUUAGAACUGCUUGUAUGGCUACCAUCGAGGACCUAAUCGAUCAUUUUUAGCCUCGUCAUCCCCAUUCUUAUUUUCAAACAGACUCCUCGAACACCCCUUCAACUGUUUAAAUAUUGCGUCUUGUACAUGUAUGCCUAAAAAUCUCCGGGCACCUUGAAUGACGAGAGACAUUCGGUAGCCCGAAAGAGCAAAAAAUGGUGGAACGACCGAAAAGUGUU